GGGUGUUGAACAAUACAGACGCGCUGCGUCAGGCGUCAUCCGUACUGAUGCGGUCGUCGCUCGGCGCCCGACGCAGGGGCUGGAAUUACGCCGAGCCUGUCUGUGGAUACGAGUCUGCCAUUAUUGAGAGGAAAAAUUCCCCUUCCCCAACAUACUGAAAAUGCAUGCUGCUAAAAAUGUGUGAUGCUGAUUUGUGAAGACCACAAAUCCUGUCCCUCUUGCAAGGGGGCAAAUCCGAAGAGUCCGCCGCUUUAAAUAAUAUGCCGGCGAUUUGUAAUCGUUGUUGCGCCUACAACUACAUCGAAGGCCUCUGCUAUGCUAAGCACCUACACAAAAACAGCUACAGCACCCCUACGCAGGCUGAGGCUUUGCCGGCAGUGCCUCAUAAUAAAUUGCAAGACGGAGCUGAUUUGUGUUCACAAUUCAAUAUAGGCAGGGGGGAUUUUUCCUUCUGAUAGCCAUACAGGAGGAGGUACUAAAUGUAAAAAUGUCUGGGUCGAGAAGAAUGCGCGAUUUCUCAUGCAGUUUUUCCAUGACCCAUGAAGCCUGGAAUGCAGGACCUAGCAUGACAGAUUCUGUGCGAUCUCUCUCAUGCCUAUCCUGCAUGAGAAACCCCCUCGCGACUUGGUCAAAACUGGACGACUUUUGGCAAUCAUGCAACACAGAUUUUUGCAUGCUUCAGAUUUAGCAUGACAAGUUGCAUUCUUCCAGACCCAGACAUUUUUACAUUUGAUAGGAGGAUGCAGCCACGGACUGUCGUGGCGGAGGACACGGGUGCGGAGGCUGUUACGGCGUCAAGUGGGGAUAUGGAAGUGUCAGAAUUGAAAUCGUCAAAGUUGAAAUAGUUUGUGAUGCAUAAAAUGCAACCCACAAAGUGUCUGUCUUGCAGAGUACGCAAGGGAGGCAGAUUGUAAGCCUGUUGAGGGGGAGAAAGAGAGCCGCUAAAGUAGCAUGACAAAAGGCGUCCUCCUUACCCAAACAGCAUUACAGACUGGAUUUAGGCACCGCCAAAAUUUGUCAUGCGCCACUUGGCAAAUGGGUUCCAACUGGCAUCCAUUUUAUGCAUGACAAAUCAUUUCAACUUUGUCGAUUUCGAUCCUGACAGUUCCAUAGGGGACACAUGCACACCGCAGUCAACGGUCGGCGGCGUGGUGACCGUCGGCGGCGUGACGUCGUCCCCGGAAGCAACGGUCGGCGGCGUGAAUUAUUAUCCUGUGCAAAAGUAUCGUACUCGUAUAGUAUUUUUGCAAUCAUGCAUUACAAAUCUUUAUCUUAAGGUAAAUCCGCAUUACAAAUUUUCUGUCUCAUGCUGAGGAAAUUUGUAAUGCAUUUAUACGAGUACUACGAUACUUUUGCAGUUCAUAAUUAUGGCAAGACCACUUUUACCACGGCUGGGAGUAUCGUGAGAAAAAAGUGUUUCACUGUAAAACUGUGAUGCAUAGAACGGAACGCAAAUGUGUUUGUCUUGCUAGCACACAUGCAACACAUUGGAUUUUUAGCUGUGUUUUUCCUUAGGAAGCACUCAUGCCAAGUUUUCUUUAUCUUAGAUAAAGAAAACUUGGCAUGAGUGUUCCGAUCAUCUGCAUCACAAGUUUGUUACACAUGAUAUAAUCUUGCAAAAUCAUCACAGUGAAAAAGUUUUUUCGUGCGAUAGGGAGUAUCGUGAGAAAAAAGUCUUUACAGUAUACACAUUUAUUGCUGUGCUCAAUUCAGCAACACAAAUUUUCUCCGCAUGAGAGAGAAAACUUGUAGUGCAAAGAUCAUAAGGGAAAGGGAACAAAACACGUAUGAAACGAGGCUCGAAAGCAUUUAUGGCAUGACAGAGGAUGUCUGUCAUGCCGGGCCUGCAACACAGUGUGUUGUAACUGUAGCACUUUUUUUUCGUGAUAGGGAGUACGCUAUGCAUUGCAAAAAUGUCUGGGUCUGGAAGGAUGCAGAGGUUUGUGAUGCAGCUUUGGCAUGGCCCAGAGGGUCUACCAUGCACGCCCUAGUGUCGAUCUGACAUUCUGAAGUGUCGUGUUCGUUUCAGUAUCUGUGGGUUGACUUUGUUUGGAUCGAGAGAUUCAGAGAGAAGGGAAGAAAGCCGUCGGGUCGUUUGUUUAUGUGUUUACUUCUUUACGUCAGUAGAAGAACUUCAUCACAACAACAACACCGAGAGUUUCUUUCUUCACAACCGAGAGCGCGAGCACAAGUCUUUUUUGUUUCGGAAAAUGAGUCAUCAUUUUGUCAAAACGUCAACACAUGAAAAAACCGAAAUGAGCCCUGAAUUUUUCCCACGGCGAUAGACGCCACUAUCGUAGCUGUUUGCUAUUGUUUCGAACAAUAAAACCAAAAAAAUCAAAAACCAACUCUGAAACUGAAUUCCUGAAUUCAAAUGAACAUCACCGGCGCCGCUGUUCGCCACUGAUUUCCGUUGCGAAGAUCAGAUACUGUGAUCACACUUCAGGACCCACCCUCUCUAAAAACAGUGGCAGCGGAGCGAGAGGCUCCUGCUGAACCUUCUUCCUACCAGCGAGCCAGGCGUCCGGGCCCGGGCCAUCUCAACCGGGAAAAUUUUCGCAAUAUUCCGGCAAUUUUUUCAAAUGUCUAGGGGCUUGGCCGGUUUUCCGUCGUUAUGUGCGCCGGGUCCUUUGGCCGUGCCGGUUUUGCCCCCCCGGCCGGGGCCUUUCCCAGUUUCUGGUCGUGUUCGUGGGCGCCUUGGCCAUGGCCAGUUAUUUUCGGGGCUGUUCGAAGUUGGGCUUCGUGUGUUUCGGGGUCUGGUGGUGUGAGGCGUGAUGGUUCGCCUGCCCGUCGUUUUUGUUUUGUGAUUGAAAACCCUUCUCAUAUUCGGACCCGCAAGCCCUGCAUUCGUGUCGCCUCGUCAUGUAAUUCCGUCGGACCUGUCCUGAAAGGUCCGACUGAAUUGCAUGCCGGGACGAAAUGGUCGCCGUCUUCGUUUUAUUGUAAACAGCCCAAAACCGGCAUGAAUUGCAGCAAAAGCUGCAAUUCAUGCUGCAAUUCAUCGUGCAAUUUUCGUCCGAACACCGUCCCGACCAUUUUUGAAAAGCUGCAAUUGACGCUGCAAUUGGCCGUGCAAUUUCAGGUCCGGGUCCGAAAACAAAGCAAAUGGCUUGGUUUUCGUACCCCCCUGAAAUUGCAGCUUUUUUGCACACCCAAUUGCAGCGUCAAUUGCAGCUUUCCGAAAGUGGUUCGAGACAGUGCACGGGACACUUUUUGCACACUUUUUGCACACACUUUUGCACACAAGUUGCACACUCUCGGAGGAUAUUGUCAAAAGUUGGGGGGCGAGAGUGAUGCUGCAUGUGGCGCGCUCGCGCCUGUUUCCUGGGGUUUCUUUCAAAAGCGUGUCGCCCAUAGGUGGUUGGGAAAAUGCGCGGAGGGUGGUAAUGUCGCGCAUACCCCCGAUUGCCCCCCACCGGUCUCCGGGGUGUCUGCAAGAGAUGUCUCCGCCCCAGGCGCAAGGCCCGGCCGCAAGGCGGUGCUGCGGAGGCCGGGUCCCCAAAUUCCUAGCUCCUGCACCGGCGGGGGCGACGAAGCUUCGCGCCGAGUUUUCAUCAAGGGCGGCAUGGGGGCCGUUUUUCCUUUCUCCCUUCCCCGCUCUCUCCUUGUGCUUUUUACAAUUCCCGCCCCGACUUUCAUUCUUCAAAAUUGCCGAAAAUUUGUCGGAUAUUUAGCGCUUUAGGUGGCCCGGGCCCGGACGCCUGAAGCGAGACCUUUGAGUACGGGCCCAACAUCCGAGGGUGAGCAACGGCUUGCGCGAUGUCGGAUGCCAUCAGUCCAUCCGACGCCACGAUGCCCGAUGCAGGAGGUGAAAAUGUGGCUGCAGGCAGUGACGGUCUGCCAUCUGUCGGACCCACGCCGAGCGACGACAUGCAGAUGCGCCCGCCGGGACUAGGUGGGCCAGCGAAUCCGCCACCGCUUCCCGCACUUCCUCCUAUUGUUCCGCAUGGUGCACCGCUGAACCAAGGAGGAGCUGUCGUACCGCUCCACGUUGCUGCUCAGAGCCAGCAGAUGGGAAUGGUCAACCUGAACCAGCUAACUGCUCCGACAGGAGAGCCGAGUAUCGGAAUCGGAGUCGCAACCCCGCGCGGAAAUACAGCAGCUGGAAACCAAAACAGCUUUGCCGGUCCGUCGGUGUAUGAUCAGGCGACUCUACAACGCGGCGAACAAACACGCGCGGCCAUGAUCCAGCGGGCCAACUACUUGCGAGGAGAAACUGGAGCUCUUGCGCAAGAAGCUGCAAACCUGUAUGAGCAAAAUGACUUCCGUCAGCAGGAGACCAAGACUCUGCAACAGGAGAACCUUGCCCGUCAGCAGGAGCUGGAGCAAGUUGCCAGUGCAGCUUUGACGCUGGGCCAGCAGUCAGAGGCACAGCGUCGCGGCAUGGAGGAAAUGACGAAGCUAGCCCAGGAACUGCAUCAGCAGCGACUGGAACAGGAGUUGCAGACUCAGCAGCUGAACACGCAGAAGGCGAUCCGCGAGAGUGAACUUUCUCAGCAGCUGCAAAGUGACGGACAGAAGAUCCAGAGCGAAUUUGCCCUCGUGAGUCAAAAUUUCACGAGCCUGCAGAUUGAGUAUCAAGCGCAGGAGGAUGCCCUGUCGCGCGCGCGAGAUGAGAUCAACGUCCUGAAGAGUCUCAGCGGUGGAGUACACCAGUGGACGAAUGAUCAAGCGGACGUGCAUGCGAAACAGGAUCUGAAAACUAAUCAACUCGCAGGAAUGAUUCAGGCGCAGAGCAAGAUCAUCGGCUCCCAGCACAAGCGAGUUGAGCAGUUGAGCGGGAAGAACGAGAUAAAUCUUCAGCAAAACACGCCGUCUGUGCUGAUGGGAACGCCGCAGAGCGUGCGGGAGCACUUCAUCGGGUCCAAGCCCGCUUCAGACGCAGGGUCCAGCAUUCAUUCUCUCGGGCUGCAUCCCACUUCGGGAGAAGAUACUGACAGCAAGUUUGUCGUCAUUUCCCCGCUGGAUCCGACAAAGAAAGUAUACCAGGAUCCGCAUCAGGACCGGAGAGAACGAGCAGUGGAGCUCAUCAAGGAGUUCAGUGACCUGUUACCGGCUGAGAUGCAGAGCAGCCAGGCGCUGCUGUGGAACCUGGGACGAAAUCCGUCCACCAGUGAGGGAAAAAGUUUUGCCCAAGCUCAAGCGCCAGGCUUUGGAGUUCCUUCCUCUCCGCUGAUCGAAAGAAAGAACAGCACCGCAACGAGUAUUAGCGUCGCCAUCGAGAAUUCUUUCGUCUCGGAUUACGCCACGUGCCGCGACGGUGGUUUGCGCCGACCCAGUCACAACCGCGCUGCUGACACCACGGGAAAGUCCAACAGUACUAACCCUUUUUCCAGUGCGCUUGGUAACAAGAGCGGACCUCUGGGGAACAAGGCGCAAGCUGAAACUCUGCCACGGGAAAACAGCAGGGGCUGCAGUUUGUUGACAACAAUGCAAAAGGUGGACAGCCUGUGGGUGCGGGUGUUGCUGCUUUUGCUGGAGGAAAAGCACAGGAGAACCAGAACCAGCUGAGCAGUGGUUUCGGCAUGAAUUACUCCGGCAAGGGAGGAAACUACUCGGGAAACUGGAAGGGUUUUAAUGGAGCACCCAACUACAGCGGAAACUUCUUCUAUGGCGGAAAUGGUUUCUCCGGCGGAAACUAUGGCGGAACUUCCAACAACAAUCCGCACGGCAACUACGGAGGGGGACCAGGCGGCGGAAAUCCGGGUGGAAAUUACGGCGGAGGGCCUAACGGUGGAAACUACGGCGGAAACUACGGUGGAGGACCCAACGGUGGAAACCACGGUGGAAACUACGGCGGAGGACCUGGCGGUGGAAAUCCCGGUGGAAACUACGGCGGAGGACCCGGCGGUGGAAAUCCCGGAGGAAACUACGGCGGAGGACCCGGCGGUGGAAAUCCCGGUGGAAACCCCGGCGGCAACUACGGGGGAGGGCCACCUAGUGGAAACCCAGGAGGAAAUCCCGGAGGUGGAUUCCCUGGUGGACCACCAGGAUCACCGGACUCCAACCCAAGCUCGGGAGGACUCGGUGGCUAUCGUCAGGAGCCACCGUUUAUUCCCGGACACGGGGGCGGGCCGCCAGGAGGUGGACCACCAGGAUCACCAGAUGGCAGUGGUAGUUUCGGGGUGGAACGCAAGAAGUUCCAGUUCUCGCGGUUGAUUUUCGAGUCCGAUUACUGCAAACAGCAGGGCGUCGACUUGCUGCGAAGUGGUGCACAUCCGCGGCUGUUGCUGAAAAUCAAGGACCGGUUACCCGAAAUGAUCACGCCUACGGUCGAGGAGCACUCCGCGCUCAAUGCCUUCUUUUCCGAAAUGGAGAGCAAGUUGCUCAAGUACUGUCACGAGCGGGAGGAUGAAAGGUUUUUGUUUCCCUUCUGCUACGAAAGCGACUACGUGAGGGCCUUUUGUACAACAUCAACGCCAAGUCCCAGAAGGUGUCGCGGUUCAAUCACUGCAUCGCGGAAGGGCAGAAGGCGACGCUGAAGGCCGCGGGCAUUUUCAACCGUGAUGAUGCUUCUACACUGACCUUCAGCAACCUGGUGCAGGCGUACUACAUCCAGUACCCCCGAGCCUUCACCCAGAACCGCAGCGAGAUCAACCAACUCCACGACUUCAAAAUGAAGAAGAACGAAUCGCGCAAAUUGUGUGUGAUGCGGUAUCUCGGAUUGGCCAACCGGAUUCAGCUGAAAGAAUAUGUUUCCCAAGAACCACUUCGAGCGGAAAAACAUCUGGGAGGCUUUUCAGCACAAGGCGCAGGAUACCUGGCAGAAGAGCGUGACCAAGGCACUCACGUCGAGUCCGCAGUUCGCCACGCCCGAUGUCCCGUACUUCGAAAGCCUCGUGCGCUACCUCGACUGGGAUGAAGGACUUGAUGGGUUUCAGCCCGGAAAAGACGACAAGGGGGAAGUCGGACUGGGGUCUGAUGUUGCCGCGCUGCAAGAAGAAGUAGCUGCUCUGCGACAGCAGCUCGCUGGCGGAGGCGAUGAUGAGUCGGGAAGUGAGGACGGUAGUAAUUCGGAAAAGGAGCCCGGAACCAUUGGUGAGCUGGUUGCUGCUGCUAACCAGCUCCGUCUUCCAAGUACAAGUGCAGUCCGUCUUCCAAGUACAAGUACAAUCCUGCCAAGCGCGCCGGAAACUUUGGAGGAGAUUCUGGUGGGAAGCGCCCGCUUGUCCGGAAGGGAAACGACAAGAAUCGCAGCGGUCGUCCACGCAACAGCGAGCUCCAGAUCAAGGGUGAAGAGCGUACGCGGUGCAGGAAGUGCUACAGCGACCAGCACAAGACUGCCGACUGUGAAUACGACGCGGCUGUGUGCGGAAAAUGCUUCUCCUCGGAUCACUUCCAGAACAAGUGCCCGCUGUUGAUCGGAUCCAACGACAAGGCUACCAAGCUUGUGAUUGGAGCAGGAUUCGAAGAUAAGUCCAUGGAAGAGAAAGUGGCGGCAUUGCUGGAAGCAGUUCAGGCGGACGGACCGCCGCCGGAUUUUUCCGCUAAAACGCGGCUGAAAAGAUGCUAAAAGAAAAAAAAGCGGCCCCGGCGCCGCGCGCGAGGCAGCGACGCUUUUCCGGGUUGGUGCCGGCUCGAAGGGGGCUGCGGGCCCGCCGGUCCGGAGGCGCGCCCCUUCCCGGCCUUUGCUUCCCGGCAGGCCCCCUCGGCGCGCGAGGCCCCUUGGCUUCCCUUUGGCGGCGUUUUGGCGGCCCCUCCUCUUCCCCGCGUUGCAUUUGGCCGGCGCGGCGGCCCGGCUCCCUUGGCGCCCCACAUUCUUGCGCCGGGGGGUUUGUUUUACCAGACCGGCCGGGGGGCCCCCGGAGGUCCGCGGGCCGGACCCGGAAGCCGGGAAAAACCCGGGGAAGCCGACCCGGUAAAACCCCAGAAAUGGCCAAAAAAGGGACACGCUAAAAUUUUUAGCAGACCCCAAAAACCGAUGAAAAUUGGCAGGGGGGGUCCGAAAACCCUCAGGAAUCAUUAGGAAAAAUUUUAGCACCAAAUUAGCAGAGAAUUAGCAGACACAUUAGCAGACUUUUUAGCAUGUUUUCAGCACCAAAACCGGGCCCCAAAUUUACCAAAUUAGCAGAGGUUUAGCAGACUUUUAGCAGACUUUUAGCAUAUUACUAGCAUAUAAUUAGCAUGAUCCUCGCGGACCGGAAGCCCGGGGGGAAUCCCAAGAAUGCGCGAGCAGGGGAUCCCGGAAAGCGGGGGGGGCGUUUUUGGGGGGUUCGUCCGGUUCCCCUCGGGAAGUUUUUUUGUCCGGCUCCGGCAAAGGACAUUGUCGGAGAUUCCACCUGCGAGCAGAAGCGCGCCCGCAAGGCAUUUGCCGCGCCUCUUCCUUUGCCGGGGCCCCGGGCCUUCGUAUCGUGCCGCCCCCGCAAUCGCGGCCCUCCGGAUUUCGCAUGGUGCGGAUUUUUUUUAGCACUAUAACAGCACCAAAUUACGAAAAAAGUCCGGCGGCGAUCGUCGCCCUGAAGCAGUGGGGCCGAACAGUGUCGACGCCGUCAUGUUGAGUUUCAUCGACAAGCAAGACAAGGAGCGCUGCUUUGUGCUGCCGGACAAAACCAAGACCCGCAACCAGGAGACGUGCCUCUGCAACUGUGAACUGUUCUUGCAGGAUGGUGAGCAGGGCGCGUGUCUCGCGGUGACGGAUUUCAGACACGGCAGCAGCCAGCUGUAGUCAGACCGGAGAAGAGUACAACAAUCGAAAAUUUGAAGUUGGAAAAUGAAAAAGUUUUUGUUGCUCUCACCAACGGGGAGGAGGAGAAAACUCAUCAAGAAGAACUACCAAAGUCGACGUGUACAAUAGACCUGAGCAGUUUUGUAAAUGAAGCACUACGACGAUCCUGUUUUCCUUCCGAAGCGGAAUUCGAUGCAGGGUUUACUGCUUUUGCCGCGCGGGAACUCAUCACGACUACCAUACGAAAGGAGAAUCAGCAGUCCCGUGCCUACAUAUUGAUCCACAUGAUGAACAACGCGCAGAGUUUUAUACUCCUGGUGCCAUUUUGGCGGAGAAAUCUGAUGAUGAGCUUUCCGGUCCCAGCGCGGACAACAAAUUUUCCAGUCUUCCACAAAAUUCCGAACAAGUUCUAUUUACGGUGGAGACUACCCGCACCCAGCUGGAUAACGGGCACAACAGCAAGCAUUAUCUAACUUUAGAAACAGCAGACCGGUCGCACGCGAACGGGAAAAAGCACGGACUUACCCUUCGCAUAGAAGACACGACCGGGGAACGAGCUAACGGCAUCGGAAACAGCAAGCGCAACACUUUGAAGCGUGUUGUCUGUCCGUACAAGCUCGAAGAUAUCGAUGGCAAUCUUUAUUGCCUCGGAAUGGAACUAGCAACGGCCACGAAAGACGGGCCGAAUUUGCUAGGGCUGGCGCUGAGCGACAAAUGUUUCCUCAGUGUCAUCCAUGAACCAGGAAUGCCACGCAUCGUCCGAGGUCACAACGGGAAAACAGUUGUGAAUUUCAACGGGCAGAACGCGACUUACAAGCAAGCACUCUCUCUCACGCCGUACGACUACGCCAUUCUUCGCGCCGUCCAGUUGAACAAUCCGGAAUCCGACUGGACGAGACCCAUUUUUGCUGAUCGAGUGAAGAUGAAGGGGCCGGAGCCGCUCCGAUACAUUCAUGACCCGCGUAUGGUGAAACAGUGCGUGGCGCUGAUGAAGCGGAGCAAAGUGCUGCAGUCGCGCAGCGAGUUCGUGCACUACGUUGCAGCUGCUGACUAUGACUACGGCCAUGAGAUGGCUUCUCUGGAGCGCGAGCGUGUUCGCUGCACCGAAGUCAAGGAAGAGCAGUGCUUUCCGACUCUGCUGUGUGACGAUCCGAUUUGUGUGAAAAAUCUGGAAGCAGAGGGCUGCCACUGGAGCGACAAAGAGUCCAUCCAGCUGUGGGAACAACGUCACGACAAGAGUCUUCACAUCGGUCGGGGUACGAAGUACGGAAAUCCGUAUCGGAUCGGACUGCACGGCGACCGCGAAGAAGUACUGAAUCUGUGCCGAGGCUACAUCCAUCGAACCGGUCUAGUGCAUGAAGCAGCUGAGGAGCUUCCAGGUAAGACCCUGGGCUGCUGGUGCGAUCCUCUUCCUUGUCAUGGUCACGCACUUGAGGAGGAGGUCCGGAAACUUCGGCCCGGGCGGGGCCGCGAUCACGAGUAAUGAAGAGGCGUUUCCCACCAGUUAUGGUGGCAGCUCCAGUUCAAGCGCGGUUCCGCCCGCUGCUGCAGAAAACAACAAUCCAGUAGUGCCACCAGUGAGACGACCACUUCCGGCAGGAGUUUCCAGGGCAGAUAUUUGGUCUGUGCAGGAAGAAGAGCUAAGGCGAACGGGCGAUAGUGGUGGUUAUGCCGUUUACCGCAUGGCGCUCUUCAGUCCCUCCCAAGGAGAUUCCGCAGACUCCGGAGUGGCUACGUGAUCGUGUGAGAUUGCGUCGAGUAGUGGAUGUUGAAAGCCAAAGCAGGCUGCUAACCGAUUCGCGUAACGACUGGAGCCGAGACGAUGAUGGAAAAGUUGCCACCACGGACACAAAAGGGAGGUGCGCGACGGUAGACUACUACUACCACGUGGCAGACGAUGCAGCAAAUCAGCUUACGCGUAAGCAAAAAGAACGAUCCUUCCGCCUGCGGGGUCGACUGUCGAGUGACACGGACCCAACCGCGGCACCAAUCGAGGGGAAGACUGAGUACGGGCAGAUUGGCGGGAAGAAUCUUUCUCCCACGGUCAAGAACAACCCCAACAAAGUGAUCACGGAGCGACUACGCCAGCCAGAUCGCCUCGACAAAGUUAGAGCUUUCACUUGUCGGGAUGUUGAGGAACUACCGGUGGGGAUGCGACUUCUGGGGAAGCGUGUGCGCGUAGAUGAGGAUCCACGCAUUCAGCAACUCGUUGCAGACUGUCCACAUCUGGUGGUGAACAAGUUGGCCAAGAGGACGCUCGCGGGCUUCUGCGACGACAUUACCAAUGCGAUUCCGAGCGAUUUGAUCAAAGAAUUGGUCAAGGAGAUGAGGCAGCGGCCAAGCCGAAAAGUCGUUUUGAUGGACGCAAGCGGCAUGGGGCUGGCAGUUGCUGUCGCUGAGAGACUGCGAAAAGCCGGGGCGAAAAAUCAGGUCUAUCAUGCUGCUGCUGCGAAAGAGCUGUACGCUCACGGCCUGUCCAUUUGCGCGAACGGAUUGGCAGUCCGAUACACGCCGGACGAGCGCAUGCGCGUUGGCGCCGUGCUGUCGCCGCUGAAGGACGUCGAUCCAGCCACGCGAAACAAGCUCCGCGCUAUUCAGGAAAUCCUCUGCCACAGUGGAAAACUCGUCAGCGAAGAGAAGUGCCUUGAACAGGUGCGAAAGCGGCUACGAGAUAUUCCAGAGGAAACCUUGAAAGAGCUGGCAACGCUGGUCAGGCGAGAAACAGCGGCACAUCUUCAUUUUGGGUUGAAGAAACGGCGAAAGGAUCUGCAAGCCUACGAUCCCUGCCAGGCCGCGAUGGAAGGAGGUGUGACGCUCCUUGAUACAACUUUCAUCACUGAAUCUGAUGUGAUUUUUGUGUGUAUUGGAGUGCUUUCCCUUCCAGACACCAGGUCGGGGUCCUUCGUCACGGGCACGAAAUGGAAAUUGAGUGCCAUGAUGAAAAAUAUGAACCUGACCGAGGAGGAGCAGGAAGAGCUCCGUGAUGGUGUGAUGCUGCAGAUGUGUCAUGGGGUCGGGCAGCGCGUGAUCGACGGCCGUGCAUCCCCGUCGCAGCAGGACGCGGCUCGAGCGCUGUGUCAUUUUCUGCAACAGAAGCUCAUCCGCAAGAAAGUGCACGCUGGCGGUGGAAUGGAAAGCCUGGGAAUUGAGGACUGGGCGCCUUUCACGCGCAGUGGCCGUGAAAUUUCCAUCAUGCCAACAGGAACGCCGGUGUACCGCUUGGAGCGAAGGUGUCUCACCCUUAAGACGCUUUUCAGGCGGACGGACCGCCGCCGGAUUUUUCCGCUAAAACGCGGCUGAAAAGAUGCUAAAAGAAAAAAAAGCGGCCCCGGCGCCGCGCGCGAGGCAGCGACGCUUUUCCGGGUUGGUGCCGGCUCGAAGGGGGCUGCGGGCCCGCCGGUCCGGAGGCGCGCCCCUUCCCGGCCUUUGCUUCCCGGCAGGCCCCCUCGGCGCGCGAGGCCCCUUGGCUUCCCUUUGGCGGCGUUUUGGCGGCCCCUCCUCUUCCCCGCGUUGCAUUUGGCCGGCGCGGCGGCCCGGCUCCCUUGGCGCCCCACAUUCUUGCGCCGGGGGGUUUGUUUUACCAGACCGGCCGGGGGGCCCCCGGAGGUCCGCGGGCCGGACCCGGAAGCCGGGAAAAACCCGGGGAAGCCGACCCGGUAAAACCCCAGAAAUGGCCAAAAAAGGGACACGCUAAAAUUUUUAGCAGACCCCAAAAACCGAUGAAAAUUGGCAGGGGGGGUCCGAAAACCCUCAGGAAUCAUUAGGAAAAAUUUUAGCACCAAAUUAGCAGAGAAUUAGCAGACACAUUAGCAGACUUUUUAGCAUGUUUUCAGCACCAAAACCGGGCCCCAAAUUUACCAAAUUAGCAGAGGUUUAGCAGACUUUUAGCAGACUUUUAGCAUAUUACUAGCAUAUAAUUAGCAUGAUCCUCGCGGACCGGAAGCCCGGGGGGAAUCCCAAGAAUGCGCGAGCAGGGGAUCCCGGAAAGCGGGGGGGGCGUUUUUGGGGGGUUCGUCCGGUUCCCCUCGGGAAGUUUUUUUGUCCGGCUCCGGCAAAGGACAUUGUCGGAGAUUCCACCUGCGAGCAGAAGCGCGCCCGCAAGGCAUUUGCCGCGCCUCUUCCUUUGCCGGGGCCCCGGGCCUUCGUAUCGUGCCGCCCCCGCAAUCGCGGCCCUCCGGAUUUCGCAUGGUGCGGAUUUUUUUUAGCACUAUAACAGCACCAAAUUACGAAAAAAGUCCGGCGGCGAUCGUCGCCCUGACGCUUUGCAAGCGCAUGCGGAGAAUUCCUACCUUCGCGAAGAUGCCGCUGCAAGUCCUGCUCGAUGAGAUCCAUGAGGUGACUGGAAAUCUCAGUAGCAUGGGAAAGGACGGCCGCACACCAAAAGAGAACUUCUGGGGGAUUGAAGAAGCUUCUCGGGAGUUCUUGCCGCAUCCAGAUGGCGCUGCUGUUGCUUCUUUCUUUCCAGAAGACGGCGACAUGCACAUAAGCCGGCUGAUGGAAGCUCGUCUGCGGAUCUACGCCGAAGCACUAGCCAUGAUGGGCGAGAAGUCAUUCGUGGAUGCGGUUGAGAAGAUCCUGCAGAAUUGCCGAGCCCGGUUACGCAUCGAGAACGACAACAACUACGAGAUCGGCGAGCAAGUGAACAAAUAUAAUCCAAAGAAUAAGGCCGAUGACAAGGUCAAGAUUCUGGAUAAGGCUCCCAAUCGCGGCGUGCGCGGUUUUAUUUUCCAGGUCCAGACUGGACGAGGUGUUAGCAACGUGAGCCCCAACAUGAUAUCUCCGCUGGUAAAUUUUGAUCGUUUCUUCGAUCUACCGGGCGGUCUUCUUCCUCUGUCCGCGGAUGAUUUCAAGGUGGGAGGUUUUAUGCACACCGCGCAAGAAAGAAACCGCAACGCCCGAUCUGAGUACGAGCGCGAGUUGCUGCAGCCAAAUUUGCCUUCAAGUCACGCCGGCGGCGAGCCGUUCUUCUCGGCCCCCCGGGCGGGGACGGAUGUGAAAUCCCGAAAGUCGGUCACCUUCAGCGAAGAAGUCGACGACGAAGAGAUGCUGGAUGACAAUGGCGAUCUAAACAUCAAUCCGGCUGAUGAUGUGACUCACAAUGAAGAAGAUGAGACGCAGCAGCUUGAAGAAGAAAACUCGCGUAACUUUCUCGAUGCCGAUCUGGAAAAUAUCGGAAAAACUACCGAGAACAAGCGACCACCCGGUGCUGCCAAGCGAAAACGAGCACGAGAAAACCGCAAAUCCUUCGAACAGUCUGUCAUCGGCGGAAUGAUGAACGUCACCGAAAAUGUGUGUGCCGCUGAAGAGGAUCCGCUUCUAGAGAACUCGGAGUGGAUGCGUCUUGUGGAGGAAGAAGAAGAUAAAACCGACAACGAAGAAUCCGACCACGACGAGGCUCCAAAAGAACUGCUGGAGAUGCGCGAGUUUCUCAAGUUUCCUAACCGCGCGCAACGCAGGGCCGUGACCAAAGUCAUCGACGGGCACAAACUCGGUAAACUGAAAAACGACGGCUCCGAUCUGCUUUUCAACCUCGUGACGCACACGCUCUUUCAGAAGCAGGAUGGCUUGCGCAUCACGCCUGAGGAACUCGAGCUGUGGGAUUCUUUCAUUCCCGAGGAAGACCGCAGUAAGUUGAGCAAGCCCGAGUUUCAGAAGGACUUCGUGCUUACCUGGAAUCGCAAGAGCCUGACGCUUGUGAACAGCGAGAAGGAGUGGAAAGAAGCAGGAGGUGGUCGCCUGAUCCGCGUCGUGCUGUGGAAUUUGAAAGCGACCAAGUCGUGCGAAGACUUAGGACUCCUCUCUGUUCAUGAUCCGCGCGUAAAGAAGCACGAGGAAGUGGCUCGGAAACUACUUGGAGCACUGAAGUAUGCAGACUGCGAUCACUCUUUUGUGGCCAGCGCAACUGGGUUAGGAGUUCCCAAGCUGCUCGCGCAGGCGCAUUCGAAAGAAUGGAAUUCGAUGGUAAAGGAGGAACUCAUCGAAAUCUGGGAGCAGUCGAAGCCGUGCAGUGACGAGAAGACUCGGCCGUCCAGGGCGAUAGUCGACUUAAAAAUGAUGACCCCGCAUCACUUUAAGGUCGCAGUCCGUGUUGUACCAGGCGGGCAUAAGUCGAGUGUGUCCGCCACGGCCGAGUCUCCAACAGUUUCCGAAAUUGGCCUCAGCCUGGUGCUGUCGUCGUUGCGCCGCGUGAAGGGCAAGCGUGUGAUUAGGUCAGGGGAUGUUCCUCGCGCCUUUUUGAAAAAUCACAAGUUCAAGCCGGAAAAUAGGCCGAGGAUGACUUUUCCGAAAAACAUCUGCCAGGACGAAGUGCUCGAUGCGCUGAAGACAACUUUUGGCGUUGACCGUUCCACCAUUUUGUUGCUAAGCAUCAGCCUCUACGGACUUCGUGAAGCCGCAUUGCUUUGGUGCCGAACCAUAACGCAAUGGCUGAUCGAGGCAGGCUGGGCAGUUUCCGCAUCCGCGCCAUGCGUUUUUACCAAAAACGGCGACAAGCUGACUCUGCAUGUCGACGAUUUGUUAUUCGUCGGCAGUGAGGCAGGCUUUGGCGAAUUCGCAGAGCAGAUAAAGAAGCGAUUUGGAUUAGAAAACUGGUCGGAUGCCGUUAGCGGAUUAAUAUAUACCGGCAUUUUCAUCCAACAUUUUCCGGAAGAACGCCGCAUCCGCACGCACAUGCUCCAGAAGAUUGAGGAGUUGAAAGCCACUACCUUCCAAGGAGCAGAAGACGACGUUCUCGACGAAGCAGAAAUUACCCGCCUGAAAGGUGCCAGGGGUUCUUUGCUGUUUAUCGCGAGAAGGCACGCGGAAAUAAAAUUCCCGGUGCGGUCUCUUGCUCUCGGGUGCGACACGCGGAAAACAAAGAAGUGGAUCGCUGCGCAUAACGCGCUGAUAGAGCGACUUCAAAAGGAAAGAAACCGCGGGCAUCGAGAUCGAUCUGUCGUACGAAAACGAAAUUCUCGCUAUGGCGCCGGACGCAAGCUACCAGCGGCCGGCAGUGCACGGAGAAGAAGCGGCAGCUACUGAAGAAGAGUGCAGUAGCUACGAUGCGAGACCCGAGCUCGUGCUUUCGACGGAAGAGGUCGAGCAACGCCGAACUACUGCUGCGUCUGAGUCUUUUCUGCAGCCGGGAUCGUACAUGCCAGGGAAGCUUCAGUUUGAGCAAGUCCAUGCCAGCAGCGAAGAGAACGAAUCCGCCCGACGAGAGCGAAAGCGGUUUGCCGCCGUGCACAUGCCCGAGAACAUCGAGGAUCCGGAGCAGGCAAAAGCAGAAAAACUCCGUCCGGUGUUGGGAUGGAUUCUGUUGUCUGUGUGUCAGGAGGACUGGGAGCGCUACAUGAACAAGCAACAGAAGGUGAAGCGGGUGGCCACUCUUCGCGAGUUCGAUUUGCUGGAGAAAGAGCAACUCCGUUGCAGUUACAUCGGCAGUGAUGCCAUCUUCUGCUCCACCGAGGAAGUGAGCUCCUAUGCCGCGGAGAUAAAGGCAGGGUGCGAAGCCUUCCCUGUGUUGGGCAUGGUUCUGCAAAAGAUGUUAGAAUGGGGAGAAGUGUGCAAGUCCGUGACUCUCUCCGACAGCAAAUCCGCCGUCAGCCGCGUCGUCAGUAAGUCCGUAACAUCGACUGCUGAUGCGCCAGCGUGCAAGGGGCUGGCCCGCUGGAAAAGUGCCUACUUCCGCAGUUCGUGGGAGCUCGGGUCGAUAACCGACAAAAGCAAUCCCGGGGACAUCCUGACGAAAACCGGGACUGGUUUUAAACUGGCGGACUUCCUGGGAAUCCUGAAGGGGGUUUGGAGUCUUCCUUUGGGACAGGUGUACGUGUACCAGCGCCGGCACACCUGGGAGCGACCUCUUGCACCUGGAACCAACGAGAUCUAGAUGCACGAGGAACAGAGCGAGCGACUUUUUUUGUGUGAGAUUUUCUGGAAGAGAACGAGCUACCUUGUGCAGUCGAGUUUUGGAGAUGGUUUUGAGAACGGAAAAGUAUCUGGAAACUUUGAUGCUCUACGCGACGACUUGUCCUUCCUGCCGGAGCCGGCCAUGCGAGUCAGGCGUCCGGGCCCGGGCCAUCUCAGCCGGUAAAAUUUUAGCAAUAUUCCGGCAAUUUUUUGAGGUGUGUAGUGGUGUCGCCGGUCUUCCGUCUUCUGGUGGGCCGGGUCCUUUGAUCGUGCCUGUUUGGCCCUCCCGGCCGGUGUCUUUCGUAGUUUCCGGUCGUCUUGGUGGGCGCCUUGGCCUUGGCCAGUUGUUUUCGGGUUGUUCGAUAUUGGGCUUCAUAUAUUUCGGGGCUUGGUAUUGUGAGAUAUGACGUUGCGGCUGCUAGGGUUUUGUGUUUUAUGACUGAGAAUUCUCGCAAGCCCAGGCUCGCACGCUCUAUAUUGGUAUCGUCUCGUCGUGCUAUUCUGUCGGACCUUUCGUGAAAGGCCCGACAGAAAGAAUUGCACGGCGAGACGAUAUUGUCGCCAUCUUCGUUUCACUCAACACAGCUGAUGACCGGCAUGAAUUGCAGCAAGAGCUGCAAUUCAUGCUGCAACUCAUGCUGCAAUUUUCGUGCAAAUAGUGUCCCGACCACUUUUGAAAAGGUGCAAUUGACGCUGCAAUUGACCGUGCAAUUUUCGUGCAAUUUCAGCUCCGGACUCGAAAGCAAAGGAAGUGGCUGGGUUUUCCUACCCCCCCUCCCGGAACAUGAAAUUGCAGCUUUUUUGCACACCCAAUUGCAGCGUCAAUUGCAGCUUUUCGAAAAUGGUUCGGGAUGGUUUUUGCACACUGAGUUGCACACUUUUUGCACACUGAAUUGCACACUUUUUGCACACUGAAUUGCACACUUUUUGCACACUCUCGGGGAAUAUUGUCAAAAGCUGGGGGGCGAAAUGAAUGGCGCACGUGGCGCGCCCACACCUGCUUCCUGGGCUUUCAAAGUGUGCAGCCCAUAGCUUGCUGGGGAAGUCAGUGCGCACAGGGUGGUGAUGUCGCGCAGCCCCCGACCGCCCCCCCGCCGGUCUUCAGGGUUUGUCUGCAAGCGAAGCCUCCACCCGAGGCGCAAGGCCCGGCCACAAGGAGGCGCGACGAGGGCCGGGCCUACAAUUUCCAGGUUGCUUCACCGAGGGGGGGGCGGCCCACCUUUGUGUCGGGGUUUCGGCACGGGUAGCCCGGGAGCGAUUUUCAUUUCUUCUUGCCUCACUGCCAUCUUCUACUUUUCACAAUCGCCACCCUCGCUUUCAUUUUUCAAAAUUGCCGAAAAGUUGCCGGAUUAUUAGCGCUUUAGGUGGCCCGGGCCCGGACGCCUGAUGCGAGUACUACAUGCAGAAUCACCACUAUCGAGCUUUUUGUGAAAAAUCCAGUCAGUAGUGUUUCGCUCGACCGUUUCGUCCAACGCGUGGCGAUCUCGUUUCUGUUCGACAUCAAAAAGAACAAGUGUCAUGAUGGGAAAAGAACUGCCGAAUUUGUUUCCAUGAUUUUACUCGCAAUCUGCCGAUUUACACGCGGUUGCGUCUCGUGUCAUAAAAGUGAAACGCUUCACCCAGGGUUCGGAAAAGAGCCGACUUUUUGCCCAACUGUAAAGAGUGCGCAGCCCUUUUCCUGACCUCCUUUUCCUCCGGAAGUUUCCGUUGGGUUUUGAGUCUCGCGGUGGGUCUGUUGGCAACUGGGAAGAGUUAGCACAACCACGCGGGUGAAACCGAGCAGCCAGCCACUUCAAAAAACCGAGCCAGUGAAUAAUUGGUGUUAGUUUUCUUGUUUCGAAAGCGGGAACCGACUCCAGUACAAAUGGGGAUAUGCGGACCCACGCUCUAGCUGAAGUUGCGGCUCCAGCUGGACGUCUACCGCCCUGGUGGAUUUGACAACGGAUCACUCUGGUUUUCUUCACCGAAGAAGAGUCAUCCUACACGGAGAGGCGUGUGCCGGGGGAUCCCGACGAGUACGCGGUGAAGUCUGAGCGCUCUUUCCAACAUUGUCUUUCUCCACCCCCCGGGCACUGACUGUCGAUCUGACAUUCUGAAGUGUCGUGCUCGUUUCAGUAUCUGUGGGUUGACUUUGUUUGGAUCGAGAGACUCAGAGAGAAGGGAAGAAAGCCGUCGGGUCGUUUGUUUAUGUGUUUAUUUCUUUACGUCAGUAGAAGAACUUCAUCACAACAACAACGCCGAGAGUUUCUUUCUUCACAACCGAGAGCGCAAGCACAAGUCUUUUUUGUUUCGAAAAAUGAGUCCUCUUUUUGUCAAAACGUCAACACAUGAAAAAACCGAAAUGAGCCCUGAAUUUUUCCCACGGCGAUAGACGCCACUAUCGUAGCUGUUUGAUAUUGUUUCGAACAAUAAAACCAAAAAAAUCAAAAACCAACUCUGAAACUGAGUUCCUGAGUUCUCAAAUGAACAUCACCGGCGCCGCUGUUCGCCACUGAUUUCCGUUGCGAAGAUCAGAUACUGUGAUCACACUUCAGGAUCCACCCUCUCUAAAAGCACUAGCUUCGCAGGUUUUGAUAAAUGUCUCUUCGUGCGUAAUCCGCAUGACACAGGCCUUCUUUCUGUGGCGAGAAGUGUGCAGCUUUUGGCUUCCAUGCAUGACAGAUUUUUGUGUGAUGUGAAGUGCGCAUCACAAAUUCACAUCUUUCGAUACCCAGACACUUUUGCAAUCCAUAGUCCCGGCAGAUGAGCACUUUUCCCAGGACAAUGGGCAUGGGUGGCGAGGUGACCUGGAAAGAAAAGAAUACAAGCGGCGGCGGUCGUAUGGAAGCGUCAGGUUUGAAAUCGUCAGAGUUGAAAUAGAUUUAGAUUGCGAUGCAUAAAAUGCAACCCACAGAAUGCCUGUCUUGCAGAGUGGGCAAGGAAGGCAGAUUGUAAGGAGCCUGUUUCGGGGUAGAAAUAGAGCUGCUAAAGUAGCAUGACAAAACGCGUCUUCCUUACCCAGACAGCAUUACAAACUGGAUUUAGACACCACCAAGAUUUGUCAUGUGCCACUUGAAAACUGGGUUACAAGUGGCAUCCAUUUUAUGCAUGACAAAUCAUGAUUUCAACUACGUUGACGAUUUCGAUCCUGACACUCCCAUAGGUCGUACGAGCGCUAUAACAAGGACACGUACCAGCACAAUAUCGGCUACUGCAGCCUCGGGACCGUUAUGAACUGCAAAAGUAUCGUACUAGUAGUAAUUGCAAUACAAGUUCGCUCAGCAUGACAAAUGGAAUUUAUCAUGCUGAUUUGCCUUGGGGACGAGAUUUGUAUAUGCAUGACUGCAAUUAAUACUACGAGUGUGAUACAACUUUUGCACUGGAUAACCGUCACCCGCACGCAGCAACUGGUGCGACAAACGUGGGUCGGCAGAUCUGAAUCGAGACGGCGAUACUGCUCCAUACG